CUAGAAUGAUUACACCAGUACCGGAAGUUUGACGCAGUCGUUGCCCGUUACCAUGGUUACGCUCCAAAAUGCCACAGAAAUCGUUAUUUUUAUUUAGCCUUUUGAUUCUUUACUUUGUCAAUAUAUGUUUUGUGGAUGUUUUGAUGUCUUACUUUAUUUGUUUAAUCAUACUUUUCCCAGACACAGAGAAGAGUUUCUACCCAGUCUAUACAGCAGUCCACACAUUUUACUGUGGCAGUCCAGACUGACUUCAGAGGGUGAUUAAAUUAUUAAAAGUUGAACACUGAAUCUAGUGUAAACAUCUGAAUAAUACACUUAGCAACACAGACAACAGUUUAGAUAAUGAUGCCUGUGAAUAUUUUCUGCCAUUUAUAGGAAAACCUCACUGCGGUGUUAUAUAUGAACACUAAGAGGCAGCAUACAGUAAAAUAAUACAUACCAGUACUUUGUAAAGCUGUGACUUAUGACUGAGAGGCUACGAUAUAUUUUUUGACUAUCGUCUCCUAUUUAUCUCUUUUUUCUGUUUUGCACCAGGUGGUGUUCAGGCUAAAAGAGGCUCGUCUAGAGGUGCUGAGAAAAAAAGGGAUGAGAUUCAGCAGAAUUAUACAUCUGACAGACUGACCUGCAUCAGUCAAACACAUCAAAUACAAGAGUGUUAAUUCAACUCGUAUACUGUUAAUUUUAACACUUUUACCAUGUCAUAUGAGGUCCACAAUAAAAUGAGUUAAAACUACACUUUCCAAAGUGUAGAAGGCUCAACACUGGUAAAGUGAUGUAACCACACUCCUCAUAGCUGAAUUUGACACUGAUUAAGAUUUGAUUUGUUUACACUAGUGUAUAGUAAAAAACUAAUGACUAUAUUGCUAUGUUUUAACACUUUAUGAAGUAGAAAUAGUGUAGAGUGUUCGUCAUGUUACACUACUCAAUAGUAACUCUUUCUUCACUAAAUACAGUAUAAAUGCUGUGUGGUCAUUCUAGUUCAUAAUCCUAUGACAAAUGUAAAAUAAUGAAAACCACUACAAAAUUCCAUUUCGACUUAAAUUGUAUUAAAACAAUACACAUCAUACAAUCAACACAAUUUAAACAAGUCAUAUGACACAAUACUAUUUCUGAAAAAUCCAAAUGACAGCAGCAAUUCUCUGUGCCCUCAAUAGUUGGUCACAAUGAUUGUCAUUUACUUUUUUAAAGUUGAUUUUUCAAUGCAAGCAAUCGAUGGAUGAAUCAAGAUCUUGUUUUGAAUGGAAUUCAGGCAUGUUCAUCUCCAAAAAUGAAAGGAACAUGUCUGACUGUUUGAAACAAGAUCUUCUCUCCAUUAUAUAAACAUGACAAUGUUCGCAAUAGUGGCAGACCUGCUCAUUAUGAAACAUUAACAUUGCAGAAACUUUUUACCUCAAGAGUCAGUCUUUCACUCUUGGGGUUUCAUUUGACACAUCCAACGUCCAUGCUGUAGACAGUUUUUUGAAUACAGGUGUAAAGUUUGUGAGAGUCUGAGGACCAAGUGCCUUGAAGUGUUCACCAAAAUCAGCCAGGUCAACAAGACAUAAAAAACCUUUGUCCUUCCCACUUCAGUCACAGGUAGAAAGGCUGUCCAGGCUCAACCAGCAAGAAAUGUGUCCAUACUGAUCUGUAAAAUAAAAUAUAGAAUAGAAUAGAAUAAAUAUAACAUAUUCAAGUAACCACCUUGCAAAACGGGCUAUGCAAUAUUUAAUGAGCCAUGAAUAAAAAUUCAAAAGUAAAUAUAUAGUAAAUAUAUUGUGGUGCAUAUAUCAUAAUUUGUUUGUUCCUAUUAAGCAGGUUAUUCUGUUGCAUGAGCUGUAUGUUUUUGUAUACAGGAACCAUUCAAAUAAAUAACUUGAAGUGUAAUUUGAAAAAAUUUAGCCCCUUAGAAAAGAUUAUUUUUAAAUGCAAAAACCACAAGAAACAAAACACCUAAAUGCCAUUAAUCACGAAAAUAGAAUGAAAUUAAGGCAAAAAUUACUUCUACUACUUAGCACAUAUAUAAAAUUCAAUUAGUCAAUUACGAAAUUAUUGGUGAGGUUACAUUUCAGUUCUACAUUUAAUCAUUUCAUGACAUACCUGCAAGUCUCUGACAAGAUGGUUAAUGGCUUGAGCCUUCAUCUUUCCACUGUAGCCUUUAGGAACUGGGGAUGCAUGUGAAUCUGCAGCAAGACGCUCACCCUAAAGAAAAUACAAAAAAAGAUUGUAUCAUUACUCUUUUUGACUAAAGGUCAAUAGCAUGUUAAGACAUUGUAUUGGGUAAGACAUCAUACUUGAAGAUAUUUUAUUUUAUACUACUACAUAAUACUAACAUAUUGAUUCAAAUAAUUUUAAUAAUUCUCCACUUGGUACAAUAUCCCACCUCAACACACCACACAAAAUGUGCACGUUUAUAAGCUAUUAUUAAAAGAAAUGUGAAUACAACGAACGAAUGCAGCCCCAAAGUGUGAAAGACACGGUGAAAGAACUAAGAUAACUUAUCUUAACUAAGCUAGGGCCGUGUGAGGGCGUUAGGAUUUGGGCUGCGUGAGAUCCUGGACCCGCUGUUUGCGGUCUCCUUGAGACGGAGCUAAGGCAGUGCGGAACUCACCUGGUUUAGGCGUAUGCGGGUGUUGGGUUAGACCUGGUCAAAUGCGGGUUUAAUCCUUGUUUAGAGCCGAUCCACCUCCUCUGGUGCCAAGUCCACUCCAGGCUACAGUCGUCUUCUUCUUUCUUAAAUUUAUUCAAUUAGUGGUUAUAUAGCUCAAAAAUACCUAAAAAAAAGAGCAGGCUUUCUAACUGUGAGUGAGGUUGCCAGUCCACAGAUCUGACCUGUAACUUGGCUGAUUUGGUCUAGAUGAUGAUAGAAAGAUUUAAUGCCAUACUAUGAAACAUUCCUGACAAAGCAGUGGAGAAAAGCAGGUGAAAAGUCACACAAUGCACUUUUAAAAUGCUUUUUUUUUUUCUUAAAUCACUGGAAAACAUGGCACUAUAUGAUCACACAAUUUAAGCUUCAAAUUGCACAGAAUGUGCAGAAAAAUGUAAAAUAGAAAUCACAUAGUUUUUAUGGUGUGUAAUUUUUCCUUCUGCAAUUAUUGAUAGGAAAUGCAUAAGAAAUGGAAAUGCGAACAUAAAGCUGCUUAUAUUCCUAUGUUGUUUUUACACUAUCAUUUAAAUGCAACUCUGCGUAAAAGUAUACAAAGUAAACAGAAUACAGUACUCUGAUGGGACCAUGUAAGCAUGGGAGCAUGUUAUAAAAUACAUUUUAAGUGAGGAAUUCAGUAUUCUGUAACUAAAUACAUUUUCAAAAUAUUCUUCUCAUGACUGGAGUUAAAAUACAACAAGUUUCUAAGAAAACUGUACUUUUUCUGAACUAUGACUGGGUUAUACGACUUUUUCUAAAAGCACAAGAGAUGAAUUGUUUUUAUGUGAAAUUAAUUAUCCUUGGAAAGUUCUGGUAAAUUAUUUUAAAAUCCACUACAGAAGAUUUAGUUCAUAGGACCCUGACAAACAACUUUGAGUCUGAGUGUUCAAUUUUAGAAGGCUGCCAUGAGUCACAAGUUCUGUCGCCUAUCUAACUUCGUCUGUUUUAUAGUACAGGUGCAAAUCUGAAAAUACAAUAAAAAUACUGACAAGUCAGUCAUAUUAAUGGUGCACUGUGCAGCUUUCCAGGUGCACGCUCUGCCACCAUGGAGAUGUUAGUGUGCCUGGAAUUUUUACUCUAUGACUGUCCCAGGGACCAAAUUCGGCUAUGUUUUAGAGCUGGCCCGCCGGCUACAGAUUGGCUACAUUAUUUAUUUAAAAUGUUGUUAUUAUUUAAUAUGAUGCUUGUUCUGGAUUCUAUUAUUAAACUUUUAUUUUAAUAAGAAAAUGUUUAACAUUACAUAUCUUGAAAGAAGAGAAAACACGUAGAUGUUGUUGAAAUUUUUCAGUAAAUAUUUAGUUUGGCCCAUGACUUAGAUCCCCGUUUUUAAUUUUGGCCCUCUGUGAAUCUGAGUUUGACACCCCUGCACUAUGAUAUUAAGCGUAUCUACAGUAUUUCCACGGAGAUAAGCACCAUGCCAAUUUACAGGUCUGACUUGUGGAGAGGCAGGCCUGCUUACAAUAGACUACAUAUUUUCAAGGUAUUGUUUUAUUGUAAUAAAAACUAUAUAACUAUAAUUACACCUAUAAAAACACCCAACAAGCAAGUUUAACGCCAUGCUAUGGUACAUUCCAAGGAAAGCAAUCUCCCUAUCAUAUCUCUCUAUACACAAACAGGUGCUAAACUCUUCCAGCCACAGUCAUAUUUGACUUUCUUUGCAUUUAAAGUAGUGAGAUAUUGUAUUGCCUUCACAUGGAUAUUGCUGCUUCUUCUGUUGUCUUAACCUAGAUAACCUCUGUGAUUCAGUUUUGUUUCAGAAGAUUACAUAAUUCAGGGCUGAACGUUGAACUGAAAGGGGAAGGACGUUCAUACGGUCAUAAACCACAUGGGCGGUACCGGGUGAGACUCUUCCCGCCUCCCCUCGCCUCCCCUCGGGCUGCAGCUCCAAACUUUGGCCCAGUGCGGCUCCAAAAUUCAAAGAACUCGUCCAACGGGAAAACUUUGUACACUAGAGUUUGAGAUCUGUCUGUCUGUCACCUCUGGGAUUAACUUCAUGUGAAGACAAAAAGCAGUUGUUUGGACAUCUUGGUGAGUGCUGUCAUGUUUUCAUUAACAGCUGACUAGUUCAAAGUUUACCUGCACAUUCAGUUUGCUUUACUAAGUAUCUGUAAUUACCUUGACCCUGUCUGUAGUGCAAAGUAAAGGCCAUGUGCAAAAUAGUAUAUGCAUGCUAUAACACAACAUUAUUUUAUUUUAAGAUUAUUCCCCUAGUCAGAACAGUAACCUUUAACAAAACCCCUACAUUUAGAGAUUACGGUUUGAAAUAAUUAUAUGAAAAGAAGUUAAUUCAGUGGAAAAAAUAUAUUAAUUUGACUGUUUCUGUAGUUUCAAAUGAUGGAGUAAACUGAGCCAACCUGAUAAUCAAUAUAUAAUGUAUAAUAAUCAUGUUUUUACAUACAUGCAUGCAUAGGCUUAAUUAUAAAUGAAUGAAAUUUGUAUGACUAUUUAACUGGCAGUUUAUUCCCUGUAUUACUAAUAAUAAUAUCUUCAUUUGCUUUGCUGCCCAUAUUAUGCUUUUUUUUUAUAAGUUAUAAUGUUGUUUCCUCAUCACAAACAUAUCUGGAGUUGUGUUUUGUUCCUGCAUAUUUAGGCUGAGUUCUUCUCUCAAACUGAAAACACUCCACCUUCCAUUCCACCUUGUGACAUCAUGAGGUUAAACAAGAUGUGCUCGACUGUGUUUUUAAACUCUAUACACCUUUGCUAAAAUCAUUUGGAUAAUUUUAGCCAAGCUCUACUGAACUAAAGGUGAAAGAUAAUUGCUAACUUGAAAACUGGAACAGAGUAUUUUGAGAUGGCUUUGGAGAUGUAGACAGACGAAUAAUAAAGGGUCACUCAAACAUGUGUGAAUGAAAAACACAGCUCCAGGUAUGCUUGUAUGAGAUAACAACAUGACUUAAAACUCACAAGAGUCACUUCAGUGUAAGAUGGGACCUUUAACGAUGCCUGUACAUGCCUGUACAAGACACUGAAUAAAAACUCUGCUGUGUGACACAUGAAAACAUUAACAUUUAGAGCUGCAAAGCCCAGCUUCAUAACUGAUUUCUGACACCACUACAUUGGAGUCCUGACAGAAAUACCACAACGUUUUAAACCUCACAGCAGUAAUGACUUCAGUAAUGGCCAACUGAGCACAGGCCUAAUUCAUCAGCCAGUUUUACUUUGUGGAAACCGGCUGACCUCGCAGCAUUAGGAUUUGUUCGCUUAACGGUAGGGGGGUACUUUUUUAUUUAACCAAUCUCUGCUAUUUUGGUCAUGACGUAUGUAAUGCGCCGUUAAUGGGGCUAACUGGUAUAUUAAGCUUUUCCCAAAUCUUGUAGAAAGAAGGGCAAUAACAUCUUUCCCCUUGAUAAAAUUCACCAAACGUUCUCUUUGUUCCGGCUUUAAAUCUUUGAUCUCGGGAACUGUUGCCAACACAGAAUGUAUGGCUCUUCAAUGAUUGGCUGAUGCCCGGACUCACACUUCUGGGGUUCUUACAAACUGCCUAGUCUAAUGUGUUCUGAUUCCUGACCUAGUUGCUGGAGAGAAAUGAAGUUGAGCAGAGGCACUAGGUGGCGCCAGCCUGGCUCACUGAGCAUCACUUGCCUCUAUGAAAUUAUUAGAAUAUAGUGAAAUACAACUGACUGAACUUAUUGAUAUUCUGCAGUGACAUCAUGUUGGAGGGGUUCUGCAUGUAUGUGUAUACCGGUUACCAUGGCAACACACUGUACACAUUAGCAAACACAGCCAAUUUAUUUAUUUAUUUAUUUAUUUUGAGAUAAUCUGAAAACUCAAUAAAAAAUACAAAUUGGUUUAAACAACACAUUUUCAAGAGCCUGUGAUCAAUAUGAAAAAAGGUGAGAGUGACUAGCUGAAAAUUUCUAGCUUGUGACUAUAGUUUUAUUUGAAAAGGACUUUCAAAUAGCUCACAUGUUGUUCCAGCUCAGUCAUAGAUUGUGUUAAAACUAAAACUAAAUUUUAACAAAGCCUCAGACUAAGCAGUACCCAGUUAGCUUCAGACCCCCAGGGAAUGCUGAUCAAUAUUCUUCACCAGGCAGAGAUGAAGAGUAUGAACACACGUUUACAACCGUUCUGCCAAAACUUUCCCAUUGGCGAUGAGAAUGAGGAGGAGUCGGAGGAUGAAGGGCCCAAGUUCUGUGGAGUGUGUGGGGACCAGGCCAAAGGCUACCACUUCAACGCUCUGACAUGUGAAGGCUGCAAGGGCUUCUUCAGGCGUGCCAUAAAGAGGUCAACACCGCUUCACUGCUCAUUCCUGAAUAAAUGUAAAAUAACCAAGAACAACCGUCGAGCUUGUCAAGCUUGCCGAUUCCAAAAAUGCCAGGCCAUCGGGAUGCGCAAAGAAAUGGUCAUGUCCGAGGAGGAAGUUCUGGAGAGGAGAAUCAAAAUCAAGAGACGGAAAAUGCAAACUGCAUCAUCACAACUCUCAGAUCAACAAGAAAAAAUGAUUGUGGAGCUCCUAACAGCACACCGCAAAACAUUUGAUCUAGGCUUUUCGAAUUUUAGGGGCUUUAGGCCAAUGGACAGAACAAUAGCUUCUCCCAAUGACUUGAAUCAUUAUACGAAUGAGCCCUAUGACCCAUUGUGUAGUCACCCGACAGACGUCAGUCCCACUGCUUACAACUUAUUUUUACCCUCUCCACCUUUUUCUUCUUCUUCCUCCCCUUGCUCCUCCUCCUCCUCCUCCUCAUCUCCCAGUCUCUACCUGUAUUUUGACAAGGAGCAAAACAAAGAAUCUGACCAGAAAAUCAAGUUUUUUACAUCCCUCCCUCACCUCUCGGACCUCGCCACCUACAUGGUUCACAAUAUCAUUAGAUUCUCCAAAAGUCUGCAGGUUUUCAGGUCUUUAAACAUGGAGGACCAGAUAACACUACUAAAGGGAGCUACUUUGGAAAUUUUGCAGCUGCGCUUCAACAUGGUGUUUAAUGUGAAGACAUGUAUGUGGGAAUGUGGUUCUAUUUCCUAUUACAAAGACGAUGUCAUACGAGCGGGGUUCCAGACGGCCUUGGUAGAUGCUUUGGUUAAGUUUCACCAAAACCUUCGUAAUCUGGGUCUACAGGAGGAGGAAUAUGUGAUUGCACAAGGCAUCUCCCUGUUUUCUCCAGAUCGACCUGGAGUUCAGCAGCGUGACCUGAUCGACCAGCAGCAGGAGAGCCUCGCACUGAUGCUACAAACCUACAUCGACAGUAAAAGAAGAGGUCCAGAGAAACACUUGCUCUUCCCUAAAGUGCUGGCCUGUUUGACAGAGCUCAGAACUAUGACCGAGGAGUACAGUAAACAAGUGCUGCAGAUCCAGGACAUACAGCCUGACAUCUCUCCUCUGAUUUUGGAGGUGAUCAGUAAAGACUGACGUCACUGUGUAACCACAAAAUAAAAAGAACUGAAACCAAACAAAUGCACUGUCUAGAGAAAGGUGACACUUACUGAAAGACUUACCUAACAGUGUCGUGGGCCUUGAAUAUGCUCAAAUACAGAUUGUGUAAUUAUCUUUUAUUCAAUGAAUAAGUGAACAAUUAUACCUCAGGUAUAUGUAAAUGGAAGACAAUUGUGAAUAAAAUACUGUUCCUCAGUUUUUAAAUGAUGCACAGUUGUUAUACCUUUGUCCUAAAAUAUUUGGAGCCAAAAACAUGCUUGCAUAAAAAUGCAGUUUGAGUUAGGAUUAGGUCACGGGCACAGUCCAUAAUGGUUAAAGUAAGAAUUUUACAUUAAAUUUGAUUAUAGUUUAUAAAACACGUUCAUGUCAAGCCCACUCAUGGCUUUAAACUUAAUGACACUGCCACCUAGUGGCCACAC